AGUUCCAAAAUGCUUUGUACUCGAAGAUUGUUCCAACAGUGGAGUUUUGCAGUGCUGCUUCUGAGUUCUUCUGUGCCAUGUCAAGGAAGACCUAUUGAUGCUGUCAGCAGCAGAGUGAGGAGAGCAGUAUCAGAGCACCAGUUAUUGCAUGACAAGGGCCGGUCCUUCCAGGAGCUGCAGAGGCGGAUCUGGCUGCAGAACCUUCUCGGUGAGGUGCACACUGCAGAGAUCCGGGAGCUGCCCAGCCGUACCACCAACCCCAAGCCAGCGGACAGCACCAAGAACUACCCCAUAGGCCUGGGUGUGGAGGAGGAGGGCACUUACCUGCCGCAGGAGACCAACAAAUCGCAGAUCUACAAGGACCAGCCCAUCAAAGCCAAUGGCAAGAAGAAGAAGGGCCGGUCAGGGAAACGCCGGGAAAACGACAAAAAGAAAAGGAGAGCGCGCUCAAUAAGUCUCCGGGAGCCUGGCAGUGGAUACAACCUGGAAUGGGCCCCAUACUUCAGCCUGGGAGAGCUCUGAUGAAGGUAUUUGAGUAUAUUUCGUUGGGAGACCUCAAGAAACCUGUUGCAGUCUUCUGUAAUUACUGACCAUAUGUAAAGUAUUAGGGAAAAUAUUUAUUAUCUGUACAUAUUUGAAAUGCACCAGAAUAUUAAUUAUGAUAUUAAUAAAAACUUUUGCAUUGCUCCAUU